CAAUGUUGCAAAUGACGGAGAAGAAAUAGGCAACAAUGAGCCCUUGUCUGCUUCUGGCUGACCAUCUGUUAGAAUACCUUUUUUUAUUUAAUUUUUCUCUAGAUGUUAAAUGCAAUUUUCUGUUCAUUCCUGUCCCAUCCGAUCGCGCAUUUUGAUCGCAUCGCAGUAACAGCUCCAUCGUCCCUUCACUUCCUGUGUCGCUCGGUUUCCUGUCACCUGUCCGAAUUGCAAUCAUUGUGUUCAUCGACUUUUGCGAUCACAUUACAAACUUCACCACUCGCUUUUUUGCUUGGAGCAUAACGAUCCACAUUUGACCGAUUUCAUUUGCGUCGGUUCUCCUCUAGCUUCAUCACAGUCGCCAUCCGGUUAUGUCGCAUAACUGGCAACCAAAGAAACCAAGUCCAGUCGGCAUAUGGCAUAAGACAACCCUGCAGGAAGCGAGAGAGCAGCAAGAACUGCAAAGGCAACAGAAUCAACCUUUCCAACAACGGGCCGUACUGACGACGACGACCAAUGUGGCCAUUGGGCAAAAGCGCUCCAUAAACGACGUCCGGCCUCAAUUAUACAAUGGGCCUCCAACAGUCAAGCGGCCUACACCGGGGCCAUCCAAAACACCAACCCCAGGCUUCACACCAUCAGCCUUUAUGAAAGCAUCCUCCGGCCCUCCUCCCCUCACAGCAAGCACCAUAGACUACGCAGACCCAGUUGCCACCGCCGCCAAGGGCGGCAUCCCUUCCGAGUACUCGCAGCGUCGAGCCCUACCCUCAACGCCCACUUCCACCAGUGACCCCUUGCUCUCCCUGUCGCAUCCCGUAUACAAGCUGCCAAAGCAGCUCGUAGCCAACUUCGCCUCCCUAGGAAUCAAAACCAUCUACCCGUGGCAGAAGCAAUGUCUGCUCGGCCCCGGCCUGCUCUCCGGCGACAAGAACCUGGUGUACAGCGCCCCGACGGGCGGCGGCAAGUCGCUGGUUGCCGACCUGCUCAUGCUCAAGAGGGUUCUGGACGACCCGGCCGGCGAGGCCAAGGCCAUACUGGUGCUGCCGUAUGUUGCGCUAGUGCAGGAGAAGGUCCGUUGGCUGAGGAAUGUCGUCAGUGGGAUCUCGAGGAGUGGGGAUUUGGGGCAGAAGCAGCCUCAUCUGGAAGGGAAACAGCAACUGUGGGCAAGGAGGCCGGAUAAGGAUACCAUCAGGGUGGUGGGAUUCUUUGGUGGAAGCAAGAUGAGGGCUACGUGGGCGGAUUUCGAUGUUGCGGUUUGCACAAUGGAGAAGGCAAACUCCCUCAUCAAUGCGGCUAUAACAGAUUGCUCAAUAUCCAAACUCAGAGCUGUAGUGCUGGAUGAGUGCCACAUGAUUGACGAUGGCUAUAGGGGAUAUUUGCUAGAACUGAUGACUACGAAACUCUUAUGCCUGGACCAGCAGGUACAGAUCAUUGCAAUGAGUGCCACGUUGACAAACAUCCGUCUCCUGAAAGACUGGCUAGGGGGCCACUCGUACGAGACACACUACCGACCUGUCCCUAUCGAGGAACACCUCGUCUACGACGGCAAGAUAUACCCAGCAACCACAACCGCCAGUCUUUUGAAAACAGCCAGUCAACUAGACACCAGAAAUGCCACCACCACCACCACCACCACUACUACUACUACUCAAGGGCCACCUCCCUCCACUACCUCCUCCCUCCAGCACAUCCGUUUCAUCCACCCCUCCCUUCACCGCGAGUUCAAAGACCCAGUCUUGAACGCCGUCGUCGCUCUAGCCAACGAGACUGCCCGCGCCGGCUACGGCGUCCUUGUCUUUUCCAGCAGUCGCGCCGGCUGCGAAUCCGACGCCGUCCUGAUCAGCCGCGUCUUGCCCUCCUUCCAAGAAGCCGACCCCCUUAUUCGGGAACGCCGUCUCGACCUGCUCAACGACCUCCGUAGCUCCUCCACGGGUCUCGACCCCAAACUCGAGCAGACCAUCCCCUGCGGCGUGGCCUUCCACCACGCCGGACUGACCACCGAAGAGCGCGAGCUGAUCGCCAACGCCUAUGACGCCGGUACCCUGAAAGUCUGUGUGGCCACCGCCUCGCUGGCCGCGGGCAUCAACCUGCCCGCGAGGCGGGUGAUUUUGCACGGCGCGCGCAUGGGUAUCGACCUCGUUGGCCCGGCCAUGUUGCGGCAGAUGCGCGGUCGAGCCGGGAGGAAAGGUAAGGACGAAGUGGGCGAGACGUAUCUCUGCUGUCGAAGAAACGACCUGGAGGCCGUGGUAGACCUGAUGCACGCGGAUCUGCCGCAGAUCACGAGCUGUCUGGUCUCGGACGAGCGCCGCAUACGGAGGGCGCUGUUGGAGGUGAUUGCGAUCAAGCUGGCGACGAGCAGGGAGGCAUUGGACGAGUACGUGGGGAGGACGAUGCUGGCUUGCGAGCAGCGGUUGGCGGAGAAGGAGACGGAUGAGUGGGAGGAUCAGAUCAGGGGCUAUAUAGAGAUUGGGUUGGAGAAGUUGAAGGAGAUGGGGUUCAUCACGGUAACGGUAGAUGAGAGGUUCGAGACGGCGAGCUAUAGCACUACGAAGCUGGGAGGGGCGAUUGUGGCUAGCUCGCUGGAUCCGGAAGAUGGAGUGUUUAUUCACAAGGAGUUGGAGAGGGCGCUGAAGGGGUUUGUGAUGGAUGGGGAGAUGCAUGUUCUGUAUAACUUCACGCCGGUGUCGGGUCUGGGAAAUGGGACGUCGGUCAACUGGAAGGUGUUCUGGAACGAGAUGGAGAAGCUGGAUGAGAGUGGGUUGAGAGUGAUGAGCUUUCUGGGGUUAAAGCCUGUAGUGUUAAACAGGAUGCUACAAGGCGGCAUCCUCAAGGAAACCACAGACGAAGAAAAGGAUACUGCCCGUCGCUACCACCGCUUCUACCUUGCCCUCCAGCUCCGCGAUCUCUGCAACGAAGUUCCCAUCCACCGCGUGGCGCAGAAGUAUGAUGUGCCCCGAGGUACCGUCCAGACGCUCGCCCAAACCUGUCAGGGGUUCGCCGCUGGCAUGAUUAAGUUCUGCGAAGCCAUGGGAUGGGGCGCCAUGGCGGCAGCAUUGGACCACUUCGCCGACCGGCUCAAGGCCGGAGCCAGGGCUGAUCUGCUUAGUCUGUCCAAGAUCACGUUUGUCAAGAGCCGGACAGCACGGGUGUUCUGGGACAAUGGCUUCAAGACGGUGGCCGUCAUCGCGAAUGCGGAUCCUAAGGAACUCGUGCCCGUGUUGAUGCAAGCGCAACCGAACAAGGUCCGGCUGGAGGUCAAAGAUGAGCAGAAAUACCUGGAUAAAUUGCUCGCCAAGGCGAAAAUUAUCACGGAUUCUGCGAACAGAAUAUGGCAAAUCGAGAUGCAACAGGAACUGAUGGAAGAGGAAUAGGGUUCCUAGUUUCCUCAACCUGUGAAGCCCCAGCAAACGAUAAACGCUGGAUGAAGCAUUCGGCCUUGUUUUGUGAUAUACCUCGAGCCAUAACGACCAGGGGUCAUCGGCGCUCCUCAGAUCAAGAUCCAUGCUCAGAUGUGUAACGACAUUCAACAGCUCGAAACGGUAGUCUACGCGUCAUCCCGGAUUCAGAGACAGAAAUAUGCCUGUUCAUAGCAUGGGCAGUGUGCACAUAUGUAUGGUUGCAAUUCAAGCCGAUCAGCAGUCUGGAUUCCCGAGCGAAAGAAAGACAGGAAAAAAAAGACUCUGGUCCCCCCAACGGCCGGGAACAAUGGAACAGCUUCGUAGUCGAGAAUCCUGUACCUAGCCUUCUCAUCCGGCGCGGCCAAAAGUCAAUCAGGCCAUAUUGUACUUCCCAACACGAUGGGAAGGACACACACAAGGGAACACCGCAUUGGUAUCAAUCUCAGCUGGCCUUGAAAGAAACCUCCCCGCCACGGCGGGAAAUGGUCGCCAAGCCAGCCACAAUCACUUCAUCAGACCCUGCCUUUGGGAGAGACAAGGUAGGCAUAGGGAAUUAGGGAAGUAAAUGUAUCAGGCAUCUUCCAGAACUUGAUCAUUU